GUUUGGCUGAGAGGUCGCGCUCAGUUAUACCGGCUCUGAGGAGAAUUUGUCGCUGGGGUACAGCCACAAUGUGGAUUCAAGUGCGCAGCAUGGAUGGGAAAGAGACGCACCGAGUGGACUCCCUUUCCAAGCUCACCAAGGUGGAAGAGCUCCGGCAGAGGAUACAUGAAGUGUUCAGGGUGGCACCUGAUAGGCAAAGGCUCUUCUACAGGGGCAAACAGAUGGAAGAUGGUCAUUCCCUUUUCGAUUACAGCGUUGGCCUGAAUGAUAUAGUCCAGUUGCUGGUGAGGCAAAGCCCUGCCCUCUUGCCUUUGGCUAACAAAGAGAAGGAUUCUGAACUUUCAGACACGGACUCUGGGUGUGGUUCAGGCCAAAGUGAAUCUGAUAAAAACUCCAAUAAUGGGGAGGGGGCUGUGGAAAUGGACGGACCAUCAAGCACAGCAUGCCAAACUGAUCUGGUGGACCCAGGCUUUGGAUUCUACAAGAUCAAUGAGCUAGUGGAUGCUCGUGAUACAAGCAUGGGGGCCUGGUUUGAAGCUCUGGUUGUCAAUGUGACCCAGAAAGAAAAAGCUACCAACAAGGCAAGUGAGAGUGAUGAGGAAUCUGAUCUGCAAGAAGCCAUUGCUGAAGAGGACAUUGUAUAUCAUGUGAAAUAUGAAGACUAUCCAGAGAAUGGUGUCAUUCAGCUGAGCUCCAGAAACGUGCGUGCUCGUGCCAGGACAACUCUGAAGUGGGAGGAGCUAGAAAUAGGAGAUGUCGUCAUGCUGAAUUACAAUCCUGAUGAUCCAAAGGAGAGGGGAUUUUGGUACGAUGCAGAGAUCCUGCAAAAACGAGAAACCAGAACAUACAAGGAGUUAUAUGCCAAGAUAGUUCUUGGGGAUGAUGGAGAUACCUUGAAUGAUUGCCGAAUUACUCUUGUGGAUGAAAUCUACAAGAUUGAAGAACCUGGCUGUGCUGUUCCACUUACUGCUGAGAGCCCACUAAAAAGGCAGAGUGGACCUGUGUGUAAGCACUGCAAAGACAACCCUAGCAAAACCUGCCGGAUGUGCGCCUGUCAUGUGUGUGGAGGGAAACAGGAUCCAGAGAAGCAGCUAAUGUGUGAUGAGUGUGACAUGGCCUUCCACAUCUACUGUCUUAACCCACCUCUUAAUAGGAUACCUGAUGAUGAGGACUGGUAUUGUCCUGAAUGUCGCAAUGAUGCAAGUGAGGUGGUUUUGGCUGGUGAGAAGCUGAAAGAAAGCAAAAAGAAAGCCAAGAUGGCAUCUGCAAAUUCAUCCUCUCAGCGGGACUGGGGCAAGGGCAUGGCAUGUGUAGGUCGCACAAGAGAGUGUACCAUAGUCCCAUCAAACCACUAUGGGCCGAUCCCUGGAGUUCCAGUUGGAACCAUGUGGAAGUUCAGAGUCCAGGUAAGCGAGUCGGGUGUCCACAGGCCCCAUGUUGCAGGUAUACAUGGUAGAAGCAAUGAUGGAGCCUAUUCACUGGUCCUGGCAGGCGGCUAUGAAGAUGAUAUAGAUCAUGGAAAUUCUUUCACUUACACGGGAAGCGGAGGUCGUGACCUUUCUGGAAACAAACGUACAGCUGAACAGUCUUGUGAUCAAAAACUUACAAACAUGAACAGGGCGUUGGCGCUGAACUGCAGUGCUCCAAUCAAUGAUAAAGAGGGCUCAGAGGCUAAGGACUGGAGAGCCGGAAAGCCAGUGAGGGUGGUGCGGAAUGCAAAGGGGGGCAGGCAUAGCAAAUAUGCCCCUAAGGAGGGGAACAGAUAUGAUGGCAUAUAUAAGGUUGUUAAAUAUUGGCCUGAAACAGGGAAAUCUGGCUUCUUAGUGUGGCGCUACCUGCUCAGGAGAGAUGAUGAUGAGCCAGCCCCUUGGACCAGGGAAGGGAAGGAGAGAAUGAAGAAACUUGGGCUGACAAUGCAGUAUCCCGAAGGAUAUCUGGAAUCUGUUGCAAACAAAGAAAAAGAAAACAGUAAGAAAACAGAAGAGUUUGAAACCCCGCUUCAAGGGAAAAGGAAGCGGAAAUCUGGAAAUGAGAUGGAUUUCUCUGUUUCUCCUGCUGGCACACCAAAGAAGACCAAGGUUGAGGUCUACAAGCUCACCCCCAAACAGAAGGCCCUCAUUAAAGAUGACGAAGCAAAUGCAAAGUUGUGGAGUGAAGCACUAGAAGCCCUUAAGGACGGCCCGAAAUUCCUCAACAAAGUGGAAGAAACUUUCCUGUGCAUUUGCUGUCAGGAAGUGGUGUUUCGGCCAAUAACAACGGUGUGUCAGCACAAUGUAUGCAAGGACUGCCUAGAUCGAUCCUUCCGAGCAGAAGUCUACAGCUGCCCAGCCUGCCGUUAUGAUCUUGGCAAAAACUAUACAAUGCAAGUGAAUGAACUGCUGCAGACCCUCCUGAGCCAGCUCUUCCCUGGCUAUGGCAAUGGACGGUGAUUCCAAAAAGCACUUCUAAUUUCAUUAAGAAUUUUUUUUUU